UAUAUACACAUCAAAACGUGCCAUUUUUUGCCACCAACUUAGAAAUCAAACUAUCUAGACCGUUUCAUAUAGUCAUUAGCUUUCCUCCAAGCACAAAGCAAAGCGAAGCAAAAUGGAAGCAUCACAAAAGAACUCAAAGAAACAAAGCAGAGGUGGAAGCGGAGAGGCUCGAUACAGGGGGAUUCGGCGGCGGCCGUGGGGGAAGUUCGCAGCAGAGAUUCGGGAUCCCACAAGAAAUGGAGCUAGACGGUGGCUAGGAACAUUUGAGACGGCUGAAGAGGCAGCAAGAGCAUACGAUAGAGCUGCUUUUGCUUUUAGAGGUCAUUUGGCAAUUCUUAAUUUUCCAAAUGAAUAUCAGUACAAUAGCCAAAGUCAUGAGCUCUCCUUUGCUUCUUCUUCUACUUCGGCGUCUUCUUCUUCUUCUUUGAUGUCCUCGAAUUCAUUCUCUUCUGCUCCUCCUUCGAGAAAUGCCACGAUAGGCUCUUCUGCAGGACAAGAAGUCAUUGAGUUUGAGUAUUUGGAUGAUAAAUUGUUGGAAGAUCUUCUUGAAACUCAAGAAUAUGAUAGGCACUAUUAAGUUAAAAGCAAUUUCAUUUCAUUCAAGACUUGUAAUUCUUUCAUUUUUGUCCAUUGUUCAUUUCAUUGUAACAUUCAUUUCAGACAAUGCAUUUUCCUUUCAUUAAAUAAAAAAAUAAAAUUUGUAAUAA